AUGAUAUGCGCUUCAAACUCAGAUGAUUACGCAACUGAGCAGACCAAAAUGCGAGACCAGACUGCUCUCGAGCUUAAGCUCAGCUUCGGGGACGCCAUCCUCGUCCUCCAAGCCAGCUUUCCUCCCGCCUGGCGCUCUGAGCUCCGCAAACCUACUCCCCUUCCUUAUCCUGACGACGAAGAAGAGGAAGACGCCAAGAAUCGGCGGAACAAGAAGCCCGCGAAGCCCUCCAUCACGCCUUACCCCUCAAGCUCCGCCUACAAUGACAUCUCCCCUCGUCUUACCAGCCCUUCGGAAAACAAGGGGCCUGGCCUGGCCGAGAGACGUGGCACUGCGCCUAAACCCCUUCCCACGAGCCCCGUCGACGAUGAUCAAUCUGGUCUCUUUGCGAAGCCCAUUGGCGGCGCCGCCCCAGCUAAUUACCCUGCCUUCAACAAAAAGCAGUACUACCCCCUCCUGGCGAAUUCCAUGAACCGUUUUGCCUCCACUGCCAGUACUUCGACUACCCGGGCCAGUAGGGGAUCUCCGCCACCUCCAGAGACUCCGAUCGUGGGGCCGGGCGCCCUGCCCAGCAGCGAUAUCGAAGCCCGCUACGCUGCGAGUGGCAUCUCGGGGACCGCUACUCUCACGAGCCUCCAAGCCCAGAGCGCCGCGGCCGCCCAGCGACUCGCACAGUACGGAAACCACCGCGUGCCUCAGCGCCCCUGGACCCCGACCGAGUCUCCCGACCAACAACCCCACGGCCCCCGACGGUUUACCAAGGCUCCGCGCCCGUCGCGCCUUCGCCUCCCAAAACGCCGCCGCGCGACCUCAGAAGCCAGUGGAUGCCGAGGGGAACCUCCAACUGCGGUACCUAGCGGCGCGGCAGGCCCGGCGUCGCCUCCGCCUCUUCCAGAAGGAUGGAUCGCCCAUCUCGACCAGACUUCUGGGCAGUACUACUACAUCCACCUCGCGACCCAAGCUACCCAGUGGGAGUUCCCCAAGGGCCCGAACCCUAUCACCCACGAAGUCGCUCCCUUGUCUCCUGCGGCGUCAACCUACGGCAACCCUCUAGCGUCGCCCUUAUAUGGGGGCAAAGCCGGUCUCGCGUCGCCCAUGUUUUCGGGCAAGGCCGGCAUGGCGUCGCCCAUGUUCCCCGCACACUCCCGGCUAUGCCGAAAGCAUCAUGAGCGUCGCCAACUCAACGGCCACAACCGCAGGGUUUACCGGGCCGCCCCCUCUGCUGGCGUCGACAUGUACAAGAUCGCACCCACAAACGGCGUUUACUUUGGCCCGUAUCUCCGCUACUCCAACAUGAACAUUGAAAAGGGCGUGUGGUUCGGCAGCAUCAUGAUUGUGUCGGACACUCCCCAACCGCCAACCAUCCACCUCCACCUCAGCGUUGACCUCUCCCCCAACCCUCGUCAGCUCACGCCCCAAGUCAUCUUUACCCAUCAGCGGUGGAACUUUUACAAGUACAAUAUCGAGCUGCCCAUGGGCGAGCACGGCACCGAACGGUGGACGUAUGCCGUUACCUCGCACCUUGGUUGCUCGAGAUAUGAGUUUGUCGUCGCCGGGCGCAACGAGCUUGGCUGGCGAUUCAUCGCCCACUCCGGGAAUGACUUUGCGACGUCGACGUCUCAAAACGAGCGCUCCAAGCUCGGCGGUGUCAGCUUCAUGUGGAAGGACGUGUUGCAGAAGAAUGUCGACUGUGGCGGUUUCCACGUGCAGUUGGGUCUCGGUGCGCAAAUCUACGGCGAUCGGCUUUGGAAAGAGGUUCCGAUUCUGAGGCAGUGGCUCGCCAUGCGCGGCAAGGAUACCCGCAAGGGAGCGCAGUGGACGGCAAGACACGAGGAAGAUGUGUCGCAUGCUUACUUCCACUACUACACGAGCCACUUUGACCAGCCGUUCCUGAGAGAGGCGUUUGCCCAAAUCCCCCAUAUCCUUCAAAUUGACGAUCAUGACAUAUUUGACGGCUACGGAAGCUACCCCGAGUACAUGCAGACUUCGCCCAUGUUCAAGAACAUCGGCCGCCUAGCGCUCGAAAUGUACCUCCUCUUCCAACACCACACGACGGCGGAGAUGCUCCGAAACUCGAGCAGCGACUCGGAUCUUUUCACAAUUACGGGCCAGGGUUGGCACUUUGUCAAGUACCUGGGUCCGGCCGUGGCCGUGGUCGGGCCGGACUGCAGGUCGGAGAGGGAUCAGAACCAUGUGAUGGCCGGCCCAACAUACCAGGUGUUCCCACGCCUAGAGGCGGUAGAGAGCCUGGCAGGAGCCAUGGCGACGGGCAAGAAGGCCGUCAACACAAGCUACAAUAUCCUGGGCAAGGUAACGAGCUCGGUGGCGGGAGUGGUGGGCGGCAAGGAGGCAGUGCAGCAAGGCUUCUCGCACGUCAAGAAGGCGGUGGGCAAAUCCGGCCUCAUGGGCAACGUACUGAACCAGUUUGGCGAUCUCGAUCUUGCCGAGGUGCUCAAGGACCUGUGGACGCACUCGAGCAAGGACCUCGAGCGAACCUACUUCAUCCGCACGCUGCAGAGCAUCUCGCAGGAAAAGGGCGUACGCAUGACGUUCCUCUCGGGCGGCGUCAACUGCUGCGGCGCGGGCCUGGUGCACGAUCCGUCGCACCCGUCCGACUCCAAGACUAUGUACCAGCUCAUCACGUCGCCCAUCGUCGCGGCGCCCCAGCACAGCUACAUACUCAAGUUCCUCCACAACAACAAGCUCCUCUACGUGCCGCAAAACGGGCAGCGGUCCACGCACGAGGUGUCGGAUACCAAGGAGGACAUGAUGGAGAUUUUCCACACCGACGCCAGCGGCGCGCCCCGCGAGCUCAAGAAGCUCAUGGGUAGGCGCAACUACGCCUGCGUUAUGGCCUACGACCCGGACGCCGCCGGAGCGGCCUUGGCCGGGCAGCACAUCCCCGGGCAGCCUUUACUCCCGGACCAGCACGGUCUCUCGAAGCUGAGCUUAGCCGUCGACUUUGUCGUGCAGGGAGAUGGUGCGUUCCAGGCCACGACGAAAUACGGACCCGUUAUUGUCCCCGGCCUGUAA